AUGGCCUUUGGUUCCCGUGUCCGCGGCCUCUGUGCUCUCGCGGUGCUCUGCACUGCAGUGUCAAUAGUGCCCACAGCUGAUGCGUGGCUGGCGCCGAUCGUCACGAAAGGCAACAAGUUGUUCGAUUCCAAGACGGGUGUGGAAUUCCGGAUGAAAGGCAUGGCCUACUACCCUCGUCCGAACGACGGCCGCAUGGCCACCGUGGGCAACUACGACUGGGCAGCCGAUAAGCACGAGGACGUGUGGCAGCCGCACUUGGAAGUGCUCAAGGACCUCGGCGUCAACACGAUUCGGCUCUACUCGAUCGACCCGGGCACCUCGCACGACAAGUUCAUGUGUGCGUGCUCGGAAGCAGGCAUUUACGUGCUGGUCGGCAUCACUGCACCGUGUGAAAACUGCUCCGUGCUGGACUACCUGCCGCCCAAGUGCUAUCCGGAAGACCUGUUCACGCGUGCGCAGAUGGUGUACAACGCGUUUGCAGUGUAUGACAACACUUUGGGCUUCAGUGUCGGCAACGAGAACAACCUGCAGACGGAGAAUGGCGCCGAUGGUACGGCCACGGCGCCCUGUGUCAAGGCUUUCUUGCGGGACACUCGCAGUUACGCUGCGAGUUGCUCGGGCUCGGUGCGGCAGGUGCCCAUUGGCCUCGACAUUGCCGACAUUCCGCCUCGCGAGCAGUGGAUGGCGUACUACGAUUGUGCGGUCGACGACGACGAGAACACGCGGGCGGAAUGGAUGGGCUUCAACCCGUACGUCGAAUGCGAUCCGACGACCCACGUCAAGUACUCGCAGUCCUCCGGGUUGCAGAAAAUCAUGGCGGAGUACGCGAAGGUCGGCUACUCUCGUCCGCUCAUGUUUGGCGAGUUCGGCUGCAACAAGGGCGUGAACACCAUUGACGGCUACGAGAACCAGCGCACGUUCUACGAUGCCAAGUGGAUGAACACGGAGAAGGAGAUGAUGGACGAGAUCGUCGGUGGCAACGUGUUUGAGUUCACCACAGAAAUUGCCAACCUCGUCGAGACCAAGACGCUGGUCAAGACUGGCGACGCAGGCAAGUACGGCGUCGGCUACUUCCAGCCGGACGACUGCGACAACAACAAGACUCUGUGCGUGUUCACUCCGUACCCGGAGUAUGAGUAUCUCAAGGAGGCGUACACGACUACCAAGAGCUCGGCCCUCGUGCACGACAGCUUCACACCGACGCGUGACACGAUUCUGUCGUGUCCGAAGAACAUCUCGAGCGAGUUGCCGCCUAUGCCCAAGGUUCCGAUUCUCGAGUGCACCAUCACGCAGCCGGUGUGCAACGGCGUGAAGGCCAACAGCUAUGAGCACCUCUCCCCGAGCACUGCAGUUGGCGAGAAGCGGAAACCGUCCAACGCCGAGAGCAGCGGAAUCGCGACGGCCGAUGCUGCGCUAGAAAGUAGCAGCGGUGCCAUCGCCACUGCUUCGAUCGCUGCGGUCGUCGUGUCGGUGGGGGCCACCGUUGCUGCCACGGCCUUGCUCGUGUUUUAG